AUGGAGACAGGACAAUCCCACGAAGCCACCCUAGUGAACAACGGAGAUCUGGUCAAACGAGAGCGAUCCCGGACUAUGGACCGCCAUUCGUCGUCCGACCCGCUUUUCUACUGCCAGGAGUGCGGUCGCGGCUACAAGACGGUCGAGUCGCUAAACUGCCAUCACAAGAACCACUCGAGCAACAAGUACGUGUGCCACAUCUGCCAGGUCGGCUUCAAGCGCAAGGACCUGCUGCACCGCCAUCUAACACAGGUCCAUAAGUGGGGUUCGUCGCGCAGGGCCUCGAAGCCGAGGGGCGGGGACAAACGCCCCUGUGUGCGGUGCUCGCAGCGCAAGAUCAAGUGCGAUCGCCUGAGCCCUUGCAGCGGAUGCACGCGCGGCAAACACAGCUGCCAGUACCCCACUCCACCGAAGAGCUCCAUCAGCCCUUUUGCCACCAUUGGCGCCUUCCCGAACCCAAAUGCUACCACUGCCAGCCACGUCCCGCCCAACCUGGCCUUGUCGUCGUGGAGUGGCAACCUCUACUCCCAAAACACCGACCCAGGCCGGGACAAUCACUCCCAGCUCUCGCCAGAGACAACAACCACCCUCCCAAGUUCUGGAACAGCCACGAUGUGGCACUCACCGGAGCCCCAAAAUGCGGCAAUGGCCUACACCGUAGUAUGCUCGGGUGCCAAUGAGCUACCAACCGUGAGACACGUCCGCAGCUUCUCCAUGAUGGAAACCACUCCACCAGUCGUCAAGACUGAAGCGCCCUCCCAAAUACACCAUACGCCGCCGCAAGAGAACGUGAGGCUGCGGGAAGAGAACGCGAGGCUGCGGGAAGAGAAUGCGAGGCUGCAAGAGAACGCGAGGCUGCGAGAGAACGUGGGGCUGCAAGAGAUCGCGAGGCUGCGGGAAGAGAUCGCGAGGCUAGAAGAGAAAAUUGCACGGAACCGCUGGCUGAAUGAAACCACUGUCUCGACUCAAGAAACCUUGAGCAACGGAUCCGUGGAAAUCACAUCAUUCAACACCCUAUCUAGGCUGCUAUGCGCAUCUAGACCAGAAGAUUCCAAUUUCAUGGCGCAACCAUUGUAUUCUCCCACAACUUCAACAUGGAAUUUUCAGGAUAGCAGGUCAGCAACAUCAAAUUCGUUUAUUGCUCCGCAGCCUAUCCAGCACUGUGAAAGCUAUUCCGGCAAAUGUUCCGUCUGUUGCUGUCCCAACUUCGAAAUGGACAGCGGUCGUUAUUGUACGACAAGAUUCUAUAAGGAUCUCCCACCGAGGAUGUGUAAAGAGUGCGGACACCAGGAUUCAAAUCACGCGCCACCUGGUGCGCAGGUCUGGGCGGCGAAUGCGGGUUCGGUUCUGGUGUAAUGGGAUAUCUCUGCUGAGUUCGAAAACAGUUCGCAGUUACAGUUGAUCCGGAAUUGGGGGUGGAGGCCCUGUCUAGCUUGUAUUUUUCCAUGCUCUGGCGGGCUUGAGUAGCCGCUGGAUAAAGGAGGCGUCGAUUCCAGUCGUGAACAAGUUGAUCGUGUAGUGUCGGCCAGCCCCUGGAGUUAUCUCAGCGGGCGGCUCAGACGGUAACUCGAUAGUAACUAGUUUAAAAAUAGUAAUUUGACCG